GUUCCUGGAGUGUCAAAGAGCAAGGGGAGUAAGAGCUGCUACCACAGUGGCCGGCAGGGGGCGCGCGGGCCCGGCUCGCAGCCUCUUUCUGGGCACGUGACCAUGGCCCUGACCUCUCGCUUUACGGUCGGAUGCCCCGGCAGGCGGCAGCCGUUGCCAUGGGGAUGGAGCUUGGGUGGCAACCGUAUCUAGGGAGCUGGUGAAGAAGGUGCCUGCUGAAAGUCCAAAACCAGCUGAGGGCUGCAGGAGGCAGGACCCCGGCUUUUUGAGGAGCAAGGUGGGCGCGCUCUAGGAACCUCUACAGAGAAAAAUGUCGGAUGCAGAAGAAAAUGCCCUGGAAGAAGCAGAAGAAAGUGAAGAAACAGAUGUGGAAGAAGAAGAAUACAAUUUGAAUUAUAAAGAGGUAGAAAAUAUGGAGCAAAAAUCAAAAGAAGAUGACACAUCAGUAUGGAGAGAAUCUCAGGAGGAGGAGGAGGGGGAAGUGAUGGAGGAGGAGAAGGAGGAGGAGGAGGUGGAAGGAGAAGAGAUGGAGGAGGAGGAGGAAGAGGUGGAAGGGGAAGAGAUGGAGGAGGAGGAGGAGGAGGAGAAGGAAGGGGAAGAGAUAGAGGAGGAGGAGGAGGAGGAGGAGGAGGAGGAGGAGGAAGAAGAAGAAAAGGAGGGGAAAAGGGAUAAGGAGAAGGAGUGGAGAGAAGAAACAAAAGAGGAGAAGGGAGAUGAGGGAGAGGAGAAGGAAGAAGAAGAGGGUGAAGGUGAGGAGGAAGGAGAGGCAGAGGAAGAGGAGGUGGUGGUGAAGGAGGAAGAGGCUGUUGUAAAAGAAACCGAGGACAAGUUUGGAAAAACUGAGGAAGAGGUGGCUGCAGGAGUCCAGGAGGACAUCACAGUGAUACCUUCAGAAAUCAUGUCCAUGAUCAGUUUGGAGAAAGAAUUUUCUAGUUCUCAGUCAUCCAUUUCAGGAGCUUUCCUGGAAACCCAAGGAGAUAAGUCUUCCUUACCAUCAGGCAAUUCUGAAAUAAAUGAAAUUUUAAGAGAUCUCAGCUCACAACAUUCAUUUCUGGAUUUGGAGCAAAUCAAUAAUGAGAUUGAUCAGACAGAUUGGCAGUUCCCAGAAGAGCUUGAGGAGAAACCUGGAGAAGCUCCCCAAGACACAGUGGAACAAGCAAAAGGGGAUUUGAUAUCAGAACAGGAAGCCACAGAAUCAGAAGAGGAUGAAAGGACACAUGAAAAGAAAGAGUCAUACAACCUCACUGAAAAAGGAGAAAAAGAAAGGGUCUCCAAGGAGUCCCUGGUGUCCACCACCACAGAGGAUUCCUUGUUCCAAAAGGAUGAGAGCACCCCUGUGUACCCCUUGAACUUGACCUGGUCGUUUGGAUGGAACAGUUCCCUCCCUGUCUUCUAUGUCCGUGAGAAGAACCAUAGAGUCCUUCUGUACGUGUCUUCUCACAAUGCCGUCAUCUAUAAUAUCUUCAGGAAUAGCCAGUACCACCUGCAGGGCCACCCCAACCUCAUCUCCUGCCUCUGCAUCAGUGAAGACAGGCGGUGGGUUGCCACAGCGGACAAAGGGCCAGACUGCCUGAUAAUUAUAUGGGACACCUUCACAGGGAUUCCUGUGCACACCAUAUUUGACAGCUGCCCAGAAGGUAAUGGCAUUAGGGCAAUAGCCAUUACCCGUGACGCCAAGUAUCUGGCAACCAUCUCAGACGCUGACGUCCAGAAAGUGUGCAUCUGGAAGUGGACUUUGGCAGUGGAGACGCCGGCGUGCAGUCUCCUUCUCCCCAAGGAGUAUGGUUUCCAGAACUACCUUACUUUUAAUCCAACAAAUAAUAAAGAAUUGGUGAGCAAUAGUAAAACACAGGCAAUAUAUUAUUCAUGGUGUGAAGAGAAAAAUAUACUUGCUCACAGUGCCCCACUCUUAACAGAAAAAACAUUCAACAAGCUUGUGGGAAAAUUUAGCCAGUCCGUCUUUCACUUGAAUUUAACACAAAUACUCUCGGCGACGAUGGAAGGGAAGCUGGUCGUCUGGGAUGUACACCGUCCCCCGGAGUCUUCCUCCACCCUCUUUAGCUUUCCCUACAUCAAGCCCUGUAAACUGGUACAUCUGCAGAGGGAGGGCAUCACCGUGCUCACCACAGUUGAUAACUACCUUGUCACAGGUGACAUUAAGGGUAACAUUAAGUUCUAUGACAGCACCCUGUCCAUUGUUAACUGGUACAGUCACUUCAAACUGAGUCCCAUAAGGAGUCUAUCCUUUUCAAAUAUCCCAGCAAAUCCUCCUACUGAGGAAUCAAACUUCCUUCCGGACUGUACUUUAAAAGGUGACUUUUUCAUUGUCAGGAAUUUUAUCAUUGGAACAUCUGAUGCCUCGGUGUACCACUUAACAACAGAUGGCACCAAACUUGAGAAGUUAUUCGUAGAGCCCAAGGAUGCCAUUUAUGCCAUCUCCUGCCACCCAUACCAACCUCUAAUCGCCAUUGGGAGUGUCUGUGGGAUAAUUAAAGUGUGGGAUUAUGAAAAGAAGAAGUAUCUUUUCAGCAGGGUCUUUGAGAAAGGGCUUGGAAUCCAGAGUCUGACCUACAACCCUGAAGGAGCUCUGCUUGGAGCUGGCUUCACAGAGGGGACAGUUUAUAUUCUUGACGCAAUGUCCUUAGUAAAUGAAACCCCACAGGCUUUCAAGUAUUCCAGGACCAGCGUGACUCACGUCAGCUUCUCUCAUGACUCCCAGUAUAUGGCGACUGCUGAUAUAAAUUUCACUGUGGCUGUGUACAUGGUGGUAGUUAAAAGUGGACAAAGGGUCUGGGAAUAUUUAGCAAGACUCCGCUCUCACCGCAAAAGCAUCCAAAGCCUCCUAUUUGGGGUUCACCUGGACAGCAACGAGCCUAGGCUGCUGAGCCUGGGUUCAGACAGACUCUUGAUAGAGUAUAAUCUCAUCAAGAGCUACAAAGACAACCUGGAAGUCCUGGACAUACACCGAACUGACCAGGGCAAUUACCCAACCUGUAUGGUCUGGUACCCGCCACUCAUCAAGGAGCAAUUCUUGCUUAUUUGCAACAGUGGCUACAAAAUGAAACUUUUUAAUUCGACCACCAAAAUGUGCAGAAAGACGCUUCUUGGGCCAACUUACGGAUCUCCUAUCAAGCAGACGCAGGUCCUCCCGGUGAAAACCACCCUGGAUCUACAGAGGCGCUACCUGGUGUUCAUUAACAAAGACAAGGUUGGACUUCAGAUCUUGCCAGUUGAUGGAAAUCCACACAAGACAUGCGCUAUUGUCUGCCACCCGGAUGGGGUGGCCGGGAUGGCUCUUUCCUAUGACGGCUCUUAUGCCUUCACAGCAGGAGGACGGGACCGCUCAGUGGUGCAGUGGGAAGUCAACUUAAGUGCCCUGGAGGCUGCGGUUUCUCUUGGGGGUGAAGACUUGACCCCGUUCUAUGGUCUGGUGUCUGGUGGCAGGGAAGGAAAGUUCUACAGGGAGCUGGAGGAUUAUUUUUACUACUCUCAGCUCCGCAGUCAAGGUAUUGAUACAAUGGAGACCAGGAAGGUGUCGGAACAUAUUUGCCUGUCAGAGGUUCCUUAUGUCAUGAGAGCAAUUGGCUUUUACCCAUCCGAAGAGAAGAUUGAUGACAUGUUUAAUGAAAUCAAAUUUAGUAAAUACGUGGACACUGGAAAGCUAAUUGACAAGAUCAACCUACCAGAUUUCUUCAAAAUUUACCUUAACCACAGGCCACCUUUCGGUAACACCAUGAGUGGCAUCCAGGAGAGCUUUAAAGUUCUUGGUUAUACCAAUUCCAAAGGAGAAAAGGCUAUUCAGAGAGAAGAUUUCCUGGAACUGCUCCUAACUAAAGGUGAGCACAUGACAGAAGAGGAGAUGCAUGACUGCUUUGCCACACUGUUUGGCCUGAAUCCUGAGGGGUGGAAAUCGGAGCCUGCGGCCUCGUCUGUCAAAGGCUCAAAAAUUUGCCUCAAAGAAGAACUUCCAGACGAAAUCACUGCGGAAAUAUUCGCGACUGAAAUUCUUGGCUUAACCAUUGCAGAAGAUUCUGGAUGAUAUGGUCAGUGAAGCUGUGAGGAAUGUUUGAAGCACAAAGGACUUGUGCGUGCAUUUUCCAAGAAGCAUUACUUUUUCUGCAUUUGUUUCUCUACCCCCACUAUAAUCUUCAGAACAUUUAGACAUUAAAAGAAAAUUUCUUUUAAGCUUUGGAAUUUGCUAAGUUGGACAUUCCAGUGUUUCUGAAAUAGAAAAGUGGGCGGAGACAAGAACAGCCCUAGCAGCUGGGUGUACAUGGCGGCUGGACACCCGGGACUGUCUUCGUGCCUCAUCUAAGGCAGUUCUUCCUGGACAGGUUUGCAUAGCAUACAGCGGGUCUCAGCCAGCAACAGACCUUCCUGUUGACAUAAGUGGUCCAGGGAAAUGAUAGUCAGUGGCCCUAUUCCCUUCCCCUGGAGUGUCACCUGGGCCCUUGGCCUAAUGUGACUCAGUAUGGAUCAGCUCUGCCUGUUGUGAAGCUGGCGAGGAGGUGCUGGGUGCUCUGGGCUCCUGAGAGUCACCAUCUGUGGCUUUUUCUCAGCAAAAACCCAAGCAGUUGUGUGUGGCUGUUAAGAUGAGCACCACUGGCCAUGCUUAACCCUGGUGGCAACUGCCAGAGGGAAUACAGAAGCAGCUGGAGCCCUGGUGCUGCACCUGGGCCAGAGCCCCGUGCAGCCCCACCCCUAUGGGCCAGUACCUCCCCUUGCACCGCAGACUAACCAGCAGGGUUGUGGUCGCUUCACCACCUCACACUCUGCUUGACUUCCGGACAGAUAGUGGGCAAAAGCAGGGGCUAGUUCCUCAGCUCCAAGGACAUGUAGGGGACAUCAUCACUAAGUUCACAGUGGUAUUUUGGCCUCAGAAAUAGCAUAGCAUCACAGUGUGAGCAGAGGAAGGUUAGGAUCUGAUCUUAGAGCUUUGUCAUCAUUUCUGAGGCCUUGGUCAGGCAAACAUGUCCAGUGCUUCCAUCCAGCAUGCUCAGUCCAGCACACCCACACCUCAACCUACGCAUUUCCCAGAGAAACCAGCACCAAGAUAAAGUGCCACUCUCCUAAGGAGCAGUCCCCAGGAGAUAAAUCCAGCAGGAGCAGCCGCCGCUUCCUGUGUUGAGCCUUCUCACUGCCUCAUGUCCAGUUGGAAAUUUGGCAUAGUGAGAGUCUUUGGAACACCCUGGAACAUGGAACGGAAGAAACCAUCUGCCCCAAACCAGGCUGUGUCACAGCGACCUUGGGGCAGAUGGUGCGAGCCAAGGUUCUGUAGGCGCCCGCUUGUUGGAGCGUCACCAGGGCUCUGCAACCUCGUUUACAUUUUGUUCUUUAAAAAAAGCACAAAAAUAAAAACAAGCUUUAUACAUCAAUUUUACAGCUGCUAAGGACUUAGGAGAUAUAUUACCAAGCCAGAUAAAAAAGUUUCCGGGGACGUUUUAGGGAACAGGAAACUCACGAAUGACUUGUUGUUCUCUUUAAAAAAUAAUUCAGAAUUGGACAAGCGUGGACACCAAUCAGGGGCUUCUUUCAUUAAAUCUGGUGCCCUUCCAUUUUGAUCUUAUCAACUACAUAUAUUGGAACAGCUGUCUUAAGCAGAGCUGACCGGGAUCAGUUGGACCCGGUAGAGUUUGGGACCACUGUGAAACCCAGGCCGCGAUGCUCUUUCUGGGCUGAUCCAGCCGUGGUGGAGGGAGGCGAAGUCCUGGUUAUGUUUGUUCAUCCAGGAAGACCAAAAUAGCUGCGACUGUAGGAUGGGUAUCAGUGACGUUCCCAGCCCACUUCCAGCCUAGCCUGGCAGGGCCCUUCCCACCUUGAGACCUCUAUCAGUAGAGGCCUUGGUUAUAUUGUCUCUUGACUUCUUUGACAGAGGCGGAGUUAGACAGUGUCCCCUUUUAACCCCUUGAAGGUCCCUGCACUUCCCACCCCAGACAGGCCCAGCCUCAGAGAAGAGCCUGGGCACCAGCACCCUGGCCCAAGAGAGGGGAUAGGCAGCACAGAGAGCUCAGAGUCUCCAACAAUGGGAAUGGCAGAGCGGGAACAACAGCAGGAGACAACAAAGAGACAAAAGACAGUGUCACUGAGCUUGUGUAUCAAGACUUAGGGACCAACCACUAAUUACCACCCAAAAGCACAUUGUGAUGUUUUUAUAAAGUGACCACUGUUGACAGCAGGGCCUCUGGGUAGUUGUUACUUGAAGGUCAGGAACACGGGGACUAGCAGUGGCCUUCCAUAAGCACUGAGAGCCUCCCCCAGCCCCAGGCCUCUCCCCUCACCCCAGGCCCCUCUGGAGGGUGGCCACUGUGGAGGCUGCCGACUUACAGACUCGAAGACUCGGCUGGGCUCCUGUUCUGUGUCGUUCAUGGCUCCCUGUGCACCGUGCGGGUGGCCGAGCCCUUCGACCUCAGUUUCCUCCUGAACAACUCCUGGGUGGUUGUGAGGAUUAAAAGAGACAGUGCAAAUAAAGCAAUACUGGCACAGGGUAGUGCUCCAAAUCUGACAGCAGCUAUUCUUAUCACAGGCAGAGACUGUUCUGGAGAGCGGGGAAGACAUUUGGAGAGAAUUGCUUCACACCUGCUCAAAACUCUCCUAGUUUUGACCAUGGGCCCUGAGUAAGUUCCUCUGAAAUCAUUAUAUGAGUGAACUUGAAACUUCAGUCCUCUUUUAACAACUGACUUAGCUUUUGAAUCAAAGUGAAUUUCAGGUCCUCACAGGGCCCUCUGCACCAGGAUUGGCAAGCUCUCUAUAAGGGGCUUGAGAGUCAAUAUUGAGGCUCUUUGAGCCAAAUGGUCUCUGUCACAAUUUCCUAGUCCUGCAGUCAUGGCAAAAAUGUCACUUAGAUACUACAGGAAAGAGUAACUGUGGCUGCUUUCCAAUCCAGCUUUAUUUAUGGUCACUGAAAUUUGGAUUUCAUGAUGAUUUCCAUGUAUCAUGACAUAUGCUUCUUUGGAUUUAUUAAUUUUUUUUUUGUUGGUUUUAGUUUUGCAGUACUGGGGAUUGAACCCAGGGGCACUCUCUCACUGAGCUACAUCCUCAGAACCCCCCAGAACUUUCUGACAAGAGCUUGUUGAAUUGCUGAGGCUGGCCUCAAAGUUGUGAUCCCCCUGCCUCAGCCUCCUAAGUUGCUCAAAUUACAGAUGUGUGCCACCACCAACAGCUAGAUUUUUCAACCACUUUAAAAAUGUGAAAGCCAUUCUUAGCUUGAGGGCUGCACAAAACCAGACCACAGCCCGGAUUUGUCCCAGAAGCUAUAAUUCACCCACCCGUGCCCUCUGACAAAUUUUUACAAAUACAAUAAAUCUGUAUAAAAUAUCUGGCCUCUACUCUUCAAAAAGUGUCAAGGUCAGGGCUGGGGUUGUGGCUCAGCGGUCGAGCACUAGCCUAGCACGUGUGAGGCCCUGGGUUCAAGCCUCAGCACCACAUAAAAAUAAAUAAGUAGAAUAAAGGUAUCGUGGCAACUACAACUAAAAAAUAAGAUAUUUUUUUAAAAAAGUGUCAAGAUCAUGAUGAAGAUAAAAGAUUGAGAACCAGUAAAGACAACAUGGCAGCUAAACAUAACCUGGGAACCCAGAUGUGUUCCUGAAACAGAGAAAGGACAUUGUUGGGAAAACCAGUGAAAUGCAGAUCUGCACUGGUGUUGAUUUCUUGGUUUUGGUAAAUGCACCAUGUUUCUGUGAGACCUGUUCACCUUGGGAGAGCUGGCGGAGGGCAGGUGGGAACACUGUGCUAUCUUGGCACUUUUCUGGAAAUCUAAAAGUACUCCAAAGCUGAGUACCGGGGCGCACACCUGUAAUCUCAGAAGACUGAGGCAGGCAGGUCGCAGCUUCCAGGCCAGCCUGGGCCACUUAGCAACCCCCUGUCUCACAAUAAGCAAUAAAAGAACUGGGGAAGUAGCUCAGUAGUA